AUGGUCCAUGGGGCACAGGGUUCGCUGGAAAGCACCGUCAAGCAACUUGCUCCGGGCAGAGCUGCGACCAUGGGCCCUUCCGAGAAGCUCAGUUAUGACAUCACGGAACUGAGGCCCCAGCUGUACUGGGACCUACCCGCCGACAUCGACCCGAUCCGCCGCCUGCUGGAGAGGUACAGCGGCGUCCCGCCCGAGGAGGUAGAGAAGCACAUUCUGGCCGUGCGCCAAAACCUGUGGAACAUCAAACCCUACGGCUGCAUCGGCAAGUUCAGGUUUCUGCAGCUUGACUUUGCCGCAGACCCCAGGUAUCAGGAUGCGCUCAAGCGUCUGACGAGGAGAUGCACCAAGGACGCGCUGCUCGACGUCGGGUGCUGCGUCGGGCAGAUGCUGCGCAAGAUGGUGGUCGACGGCGUCGACUCCAGCCGCCUCUUCGGCACGGACCUGGAGCCGCGCUUCCUCGAGAUGGGCUACGAGAUGUUCCGCGACAAGGGCCGGCUGCGGUCCAUGUUUGUCGCCGGCGAUGUGCUGGACCACGACGACGACCCCAAGGACCCGCUGCGGCUGCUCGACGGCAAGAUGACCAUCAUCCACGCCGCGAGCUUCUUCCACCUCUUCACGUGGGACGACCAGGUCGCGGCGGCCACGCGCCUCGUGCGCUUUCUCAAGCCCGGCGACAAGAAUGCCUUCAUCUUUGGGCGCCAGGUCGGGUGCGAAGACCCGGGUUACCAGCAGGGGCCGAAGGGCUACACGAGGUAUCUCCACAACGCGGCGUCGUGGCAAAAGAUGUGGAACGAGGUUGGACAACAGACCGGAACCAGAUGGAGGACGGAAGUGGAUGUCAUCCCCGAAUCCGGCGAUGCGGUGACGAAGAGCGCGGACGUCAACUUUGAGUUUGAAGGUCUGAACAGAAUACGAUUCGGCGUGUAUCGGGCAUAA